AUGUUAUUUUGGGUUGAUGGCUAUGUUUAUUCAAAUAAGUAUGGAUGUAAGUAUUUUGAGGGUAUUCAACACUAUUUUUUUACUUUGAAAGCCAAUAUAAAUUAAACAAAGUCGUCUAUCAAUAUUGAUUAUGCUAUAAAUAUGAUUUAAGUUGGAUUUGAAAAUUUGUUGAUCGAAAAAGUGAUUAGAAAGCAGAUGGAAAUACUGAUUACAUAAGUAAGAUUUGACUCCAAACUUGUAAAACCAAUAGAGUAUCUUGUGUUGAUAUUUUUAUUUCAUUUACAUCAAUGGAAGGGAAGUCUAAUAGCCGCACUGCCUGGAUCUAAAUUUAAGGGUAAUAAAUCAGUUAAAGUAGCCUUUGCUGCCAGAAGAUGUUAAGAGGAAGGAUCAGCAAAAACUGAUGAAGAUUGUAAGAAAUUCAUGGAAUGUUGCUUAGCAACUGGAAAAGGAUCUGUAGAUAAGAAGUAUCCCUGUUGA